AUGGAUGGACUGCAUCCAUUGAACAUCAUUACAGAUCAAGAUGCAGCUAUCAGAACUGCUAUCCUCAUUGUGUUCAUUGGCAUCAUACACAGGUUCUGCAGGUGGCAUAUAAUGCAAAAAGUACAGGAAAAACUUGGUACUUUUGUUGCUCAGAGAGAAGACUUGCGUUUAGAGUUCAAUGAUGUGAUUGACUACAGCAUGACACCGGAAGAGUUUGAACAGCGGUGGGCAAAUAUGGUGGAAACGCAUGGGGUUGCAGAUAACACACAUUUUCUUGACCUCUAUGAUUUGCGUGAGUAUUUUGUGCCAGCAUAUUUCCGCCACCGGUUUUUCCCAUUCCUUCAAACUACAUCUAGAAGUGAAGGGUUUAAUGCUGUUCUUAAGCAGUAUGUUCAUCCACAUGAUAGCCUUGUUCGUUUCUUCAAGCAGUACAUGAAACUACAGGAAAGAAUUGAUGUAACAGAAGAUGCUCAUGAGUUUGAUGGUGAUGAGAAGACAGUCAGGCUUUGGGGGGACUUUCCCAUGGAGAAGCAGAUCCUUCAGACAUACACCAUGCCCAUCUACCACCGCUUUCAGCUUGAGCUUCGGAAGAUUACAUCCUAUAAUGUUCGUGACAUUGGUGUUACUGAACAAGGGAGCAUUCAUGAGGUUUUCCCAAUACAAGGAUCCGUGCGCGGGUACGGUAGGAGGAGUUAUCGUGUCGAUGCUGAUGUAGCUAAUGGAAUCUACAAUUGUGAAUGUUGCAAAAUUAACAGGGAUGGUAUCCUGUGCUGCCAUGCAUUGAAAGUUAUGACACAUCUAGGGAUGGUUACAAAAUACCCAGAGCACUACAUCCUACCCAGGUGGUGUCUACCCCCUCCCGACAUAGUUGCACCACGGGAUGAGAGGCAAGAAAAGCCUGUUGGCCAGAAGCUAUAUAGAAAAGAUAUGAGAUUGCUUAGAUAUGGUAACCUCUGCAGUGAUUUUGCUAAGCUUGCUGUUGGUUUAGCGGCCUCAGAGAAAACUAAUGAAAUAGCUGAACGGCACAUGAGAGCAAUGGAGAAAGAGAUGGCAGAUUUGAAAAAGGCUAAUGCUCGAUGCACUCAAAAAAAGGAAGAGCGCCAAGCAUGCAGUAAACACCAACACUGCUAA